GUUAGUUAAGGUACCGGUACUGUGUUAUGUCUGAACUCUGAAGCGGGCAAGUGACAUGGAACUCGUGAUCUCCGUUGUUGGCCCCUCCUUCUCCGCACUUCACUGAUCAGUCCAUUCUCGUCACACCCUCCAAUUCCAGUCAUCAAAAACCGCUUCCAUCCUCAAACUUGUCCCUGAAUUCCAUCAAUCAAUCAAUCAGUCCUUCGAUCCAGCCAACAAUCACAAUGAGUGCAAUCGCUGAGACCCCCGUGGACGGCAAGACCGAGCCCAUCCAGGUUCUCUUCCUCCUCCACGAGGGGUUUGACACCGUGGACUUCACCGGGCCCAUGGAGACCUUCUGGUAUGCGAAGAACGACGAUAUCAGCAAGCCAGAAGGCCAAGCUUUCGUCAUCCAUACUGUCGCCGAAGAUGAACGUGUCAUCUCAAAUCAAGGCAUCAAAAUCAAGGCCGACAUGGACUUCGAAGAGGCCGAAGACCGCCUCGACGAAUUCGACAUCCUCGCCAUCCCCGGCGGCAAUGUUGUCGCCCUCCUCGACAGCAAAGCCCUCGACGACCUCCCGACGGUCACCAUCGCCAAAGCUUGGUGCGCCCUCCAGAAAAAAGACCCAUCCCGCGAACGCACCCUCUUCUCCAUCUGCACCGGCUCGCUGUUCCUCGCUAAAGCCGGCCUCCUCCAGGGCCUCUCCGCCACCACCCAUCCGGACCACUACACCAAGUUCGAGAUCCUCUGCCAGGAGGCGGCGAAGGCGGACUCCCUGGUGCCGACGAACGUCAUGGAGGAGCGCUACGUCGUGAACAACGCGCGGUUCGACCUCGGCCCGGACCUCGAUGAGAACCCGUUCAUCUUGAGCAAGAAGCCGGAUGGGCGGCGGCCGAGCACCGCGCGGAAGGGGAGCGAUGCGUGGAAGCUGUCGAGGAGGCGGGAGUCAUUGGUGAGGCGUGGGCAGCUGCCAUUGGGGGGCAUGCGGGUGAUUACCGCGGGGGGAAUCACUGCGGGGUUGGAUGCGACGUUGUAUUUGAUCGGGGCGUUGGUGACCAUCGAGGCGGCGAAGAAGGUGGCGCAUUCGCUGCAGUAUGUGUGGAAUAAGGGCGUGACGGUAGAAGGGAUUGACGUCUGAGCGAUUUUGCGGGCGAAUCGGGGAUUCCUUCGCUGGAGAGGACCUUUGGAGAAUGGAUCGGAUUGUCUUUGAUGGAUGAAUGUAUGAACUAGCGAAAAUGAAAUGAACACGUCUACACUGCCAUAUGAGUAGAUAUUGAGAUUAUUAGCAAAGGACCACCUUGAAAGACUCUUGUGAAUGGUGAAGGACUGUUGUCAACCCGGCGAUGUCAGGGAAACCUAUAUAAUAGUACAAUUCAAUUCAAUCAGCCGAAUUAGGAACCAAGACUGGUACCAGACAACAAAUUUAAGCACGGAUACUGCUUAGCAACGAUUCAGAGAGUGUGACGCGGAGGUAACGGUCCUCU